AUGACUUGGUUCAAUCUGGACUAUGCAAAGUACAGUUUUAACAUGUGGCUCAGAGGGCUUGCUCACAAUGCAUUUAAUUCAUCUAAACUUGAGCUGUACAUUGGGUGUUUAGGGAUUAAUGACUAUCUUGUUGAUUUGCAGCUGCUUCAAAUGUUAAAAUUGAUAACAAUAUAUGAGUCUGAGAUCAUAUGGUGUGACAUUGGUGGGCCCAACAAAGUGCUAGAAUUUGCCUCAGAGUUCUAUAACAAUGCACCAGCUAAUGACUGUCUUGACUGGUUAGUGCUAAUCACAUGUCUGACAGAAUGCAGAGCUGUACCAGAUUUUGAGACAUAA